GUGACAGGCCUGAGUAUACUAUCCCGUGGAUCCAUGGACGAGAAGCUUCGCUGGACUUUUUCGCUUUACGAUAUCAAUGGCGACGGAUGCAUCACCCGCGAGGAAAUGACAGACAUCGUCACCGCAGUUUAUGAGCUUAUGGGGAAAUUUGCUGAUCCAAAUCUCAGCCAGAACCACGAGGGUGUGAGACAAAAAGUUGACAGAAUGUUCCAGAAAAUGGAUGGUAACAAGGAUGGAGUAGUGACGCUGUCAGAGUUUCUUGAGGCCUGCAACUCUGACCCAGAAAUAACGACGAACAUCGCCGCCCUGGACACGGCCUUCUGACACGCGGCACGCCCCCUUUACUCAGCCUGGACCUGAGGACUGAAGCCAAUGCUUCGAGCAGCCUCUAAAUUUCGAGAAACGACGAGCGCAAAUGCACUCACGCAUACACUUACAUACGUACAUACACGAAGGCGCGCAAGCGCCAUAGGCAACGGAGAAAUGACUUGAAGCAGAUAAAUAAGUCAUCGCUAUUCGAGUGCAAAAUUAAAUAAUCGAAAGUGGCUAGAGACAUCGAUGAGGUCGCUACAAUUAUCCUACAAAUUACAAAGGAGAAGUUUAUUGAAAUAAAUGUUAAAUGCGUUUGUUUUAUUGGAUUUUUCUUUUUUCGAUUUCAUAAUUAAGCUCGCGAUGACUGCAGUUACAGACUCACAAAAAAAGUAUUUCUGCAUUGUCUGUAUGGUGGGAAAAUGUUAGAUGAUUGAGUUAGUCGAUGUGUCAAAAGUAUCAAAAGUACCGUAAUGGAUUUUGCGAGGCACGCAAUAAGGAGACAAUCGAUUCCAAAUGACAU